GUUUUAAAAUGUGCUACAGCUUACUUCAUCAGCACGUUAUUCAUCCUGAUCCACCCUGUCGCCCAAGCGCUAGGAAGAGCGCCUUUCUUGGUAGCCACAGGCUGCUUAUUUUCUCAUCCAGGACGAAGUAUGGGUGCCCAGAUCGACGCGACCAUCAUGGCUGUUUCGGGGAUCAUUUUGGCGGUCGCUUAUGGUAUGGCAGGCCUUGCAGCUUCAGUCGCAUAUAACGUCCAUCAUCCGACAACCUAUCAAACACAUCCGAUCGGCUCGACGGUGAACGCCAUUUUUCUUCUAUGUGGCAUUUUUGGUGCCCAGUUACUACGCCAGAUCUAUCCAAAAUUCUUCUUCUUUUCGCUCCAUUUUAUGAUUGUGCAGGUCUUUACACUUACAGUCGGCACCCAAGCCUUAGAAAUACCCUACAAGCUUCCGGUAGAAUUUGGCAUUUCUCUGCUGAUCGGAUGCGGAAUAUCGUUGGUGGUGAAUUUGUUUAUCUGGCCAGAAACAGCCGUGGAUGGGUUAGGACGCGCUCUUCGAGAAACCAUGACUAGUAGCAAAGACAUGCUUGAUAUGAUUACCAAACAGUUUUUCUUGGAUCCUGGUGUAGAAAUGCUCCCUUCCAAAACUAUCGACGACACAGCAGAAAAGAUGCGCAAAAAUAUGAACAAGGUGCGGACGGCUUACAAGGAAGCCAAGUAUGAGGUAUCAUAUACCCGGAUUCGACCAAAAGAGCUUGUUGAUAUCCGUAAAUCUUUGGAACGUAUUACCAAGCAUCUCAGUGCUCUGGGUCGGUCGCUUCAAAGUGAGCGCGAGCUCUUUGACAGCAUCUUGGCAUCACUUCAAAACGAUGAUAACCAAUACAACAGCAGCAGUGACGAUCAACAAGGGGACGGUGGAUCAGCAAAGACGGGACCGAAGACAAUGAUGAGAGCUACCGACGACGAGGAUGCGAGUAAUACUUUCCCAGACCAUUCAACAUCACGUUCAACCUCCAGUCUACGAAAAGCAGCCAUGCACUACAAACACAAAAGUGGUACUUCACCACAAAGCGCGGGUAAUGACGAGCAUUAUGCUGACGACGAAGACGAUUAUUCUGAAGAACGAAAUCAACGAUCGGUAUCUUCGCUCAAGGCCUUUCUCAACAUACCCAAAUUUUUAUCACCACAGCCGUCAGUGACAGCACCCCGAAAACGAAAGAAAGCAAUCCACUCUAGGAGCGAUCAAAAUCUACUGUUUACGUAUCUUGAAAGUCUGCGCGAGCCAUUGACUUCCUUGUCUGUCAAAUGCGUUGAUGCGUUGAUGUGUGUUCGUGACAGCAUCUGUCACGAGCUUGGUACACAAACUACGGAUGAACCAAUAUUUGGAUCGCUUCCAGGCUGUGGCAAGAAGAGAAAGAAGAGCGAGGAUUCCAAAGCCGAUGGUGUUGAAGCAAGCAAUACAACGGACGAGAAAGACGAAGCUAGACGACAAGAGCACAGACACUGGCAUGAUACUGAUCUUUGUACUUGUGCGGCUGACAUGUUACAGUCGCUGCGCCACUUUGAUGCAGCAGAAAAAGAAAAAAUACGGACCUUGUACGCACAUAACAGAACUCGUACGAAUGAUGAGGCGAUCGACUUGAAUAUUCACGAAGAGCUAUUUAUGGUGUUCUUCUUUAUAUUUACUAUUCGGGAGAUUUCCAAGGAACUGGAAACAAUGACACGCAACAUGGGCAUAAUCAAAGCGCGGUACAACAACAAAAGAAAGCGUUUGUAUAUACCUCGGCCAACGCUUCGGUGGCUACGCAAAUGGGCCAGCUCGAGUAACCAUCAAAGCACCCGCGACAAGGGCGGCUAUUCCCAUGCUGUUCUGGCUCAGUACACAGAAAACAAAGAACCGGUCAACAGAAAUGAUUUACAAGAUGAAUACAGACUUGCUACAUUUCAACCUCCCAAGCGGCCAAAGACACGUAGAAGCUCCACUGCAACAGCAUUACAGCUACGCAAUACCAGAACACGUAGUACUAACGACAGCAGUAGCGAGCGUUCCCUUCGACCACCGAGCACCACAAGCAGCACUCGUAGAAGAGCCAAUAUUGACACCCGAAAGCACAGCGUUCUGCUUAUGGAUAUAGAGAAUCAAUUGACUCUCCCGCCUCGACAGCAACACGACGACGAAGAAACCGUGGUUCAACAACGCAAAAAACACGACAAGCAUUCUCCUCCUAAAGAACAACAGCCUAGUGAGCAGCGAUGGCCCAAUGAUAAACCACCAUUUAUCAUCGCAAUGCGUUAUAACAUAUGGUGCUUUUUGCAAUACCUGACAAAGUACGAAGCAAAAUUUGCCCUAAAAACAGCUGUUGCAGUUACUUCUUUAUGUAUACCGGCGUUUGUACCCGAAUCUGCCGGGUGGUUCAUCCAAGAUCGAGGACAGUGGGCGUCUGUUACUGUAAUUGCAAUUAUGAAUCCUACAAGCGGGGGCACAUUGCAUGCUAGUGCGUGGAGAGUUGUUGGCACUAUAAUUGGCGCGAUGGUCGGGCUCGCUGCUCUGGCGACAGGUGAAAGCAGCGCCUAUGUCCUUGCAGUUUUUGCAGUUCUUUUGGCGGUUCCAUUUUUCUACAUCCAUCUUGGUAGUACAUAUAACAAAAUUGGCAUUGUCGUUUUGGUCACUUAUGUCGCCGUUGCAUUAACACGGUAUGCUCAGCCGAAUCCAGGAGAGAGUAUAUAUACUACCGUGUGGAAACGAAUGGUCACUGUUAUUGUCGGUAUUGUUGUUGCUAUGAUCCUGAACUCUGCGGUAUGGCCAUUUAUCGCGAGACAUGCCACUCGUAAAUCAGUAUCCGGAAUUUCGAACCGAUUAGGCGAAUACUACAACUUUUUAGUAGGAACUUUUCUAUACCACGACAUUGAUGUUCCACCCACUGAAGAUGAUAUGCGCCGAUGCACAAAGAUUGAAGACAAGAUACAAGCAUCCAUCAAUGCAACCUCGGUGCUUUUGGAGCUUACAGACCAUGAGCCAAGAUUGAAAGGGCCGUUUCCAAAAGAAAUAUAUCGUGAAAUGAUCGACUCCUGUCAAGCGAUCCUCGAUAGCCUGGGAAGUAUACGUGUGGCUUUGCUUCAGAUGCCUUGGAUCGUCAAACUUGAUAUCUGUAAUCAGCAACAUUACACGUAUCGACGGGACAUGAUUGCUGCAUUGAUGCUUCAUUUUUACACCGUCUCAAGCUCACUGGCUUCCAAAAUUCCAUUACCAGUCUAUCUUCCAUCGAUGCGAGCAGCACGUAUUCGUAUCAUCAACCGACGCAGAAAUGCCAGUGAAGGGGACGACCGUUGGAUUAAAUUUCAAAACUUAUCUUGGUACUGCAUGGCUUUCAACUCGUCAGAGAUAGUUGACGAGUUGGAACACCUGACAAAAUUGGUGCGAUUCAUUGUAGGCGAAGCCAAAUACUCUGAACGGGCAAAGAACUUGGAUGAAAAGCUUAUACCAAAUGAACAAUAUUGAUUAUCAAUUGUUACAUUUCACUAGUAGUGACAAACAAUAAUGAAGCUAUUAUUUUACCUGUAUGUAUAUCAUAUGAUAAACACGAAUCCAUUCAUUUAUUACAUAUUUCAUGUGAUGGAUAAUGUGUGAUUGCCUGUUGCUUCUAAAUUUACUCAUAAUUAUCAUGGCAGUCG